CCAUCCCUUCAGCUAAAGAUUAACCGUAACAUUCCCCCUUUCAACUUUCCCGUAUUCAUUCGUUUGUGUGUGGAAAUAAUCAAUACUGCACAUAUACUAAGGCAACAGCAACAACAACAACAAGGAAUAAUGGUGUGGUCUAGUGAUAAGCAACAACACUAGGGCCACAGCCCGGCGCCACCCACCCGCUACCGACCACCACCCACCGCAGGAAUUCCAAAGGAGGAGCAAGAAAAAGCAAUUACCAUCGCACAACUCAAAUUUCCUGUCAUUCCUCCGACGUCCUGACGGCACAUAAACUGGAAAAAAUGUCACGCGAGGAACGCAAACCCAUCGUUGACACCUCAAACAGCAGCAGUUGCAGCAGCGGCGAUGAUGAAGUGCAUCCUGUAGUGCGACGUCGAAGUACCCGGGACACUGUCCUCGUCGGUCCGCAAAAAGAUGCAGGAUGCUGCGAUCCGUCGAGCACUCCCCACCGAUUCCUGGCCCUGCUCUUCAUGUGCCUCUUGGGUUUUGGUUCCUAUUUUUGCUACGAUAAUCCCGGCGCAUUGCAGGAUGUGUUCCAGAAGGAGCUGGAUCUCAGCUCCACUGAGUUCACCUUGAUCUACUCCAUCUACUCGUGGCCAAACAUAGUGCUCUGCUUUGUGGGCGGCUUCCUUAUCGAUCGGGUGUUCGGCAUCCGUCUGGGCACCAUUAUCUACAUGCUGAUCGUGCUCGUUGGCCAACUGAUCUUCGCCACGGGCGGAGUGCUGGGUCACUUCUGGUUGAUGAUAGUGGGACGAUUUGUGUUCGGCAUCGGGGCUGAGUCGCUGGCUGUGGCCCAAAACAGCUAUGCGGUGCUGUGGUUCAAGGGAAAGGAGCUCAAUAUGGUCUUCGGACUACAGUUAUCGGUGGCUCGCUUCGGCAGCACCGUGAACUUUUGGAUAAUGCAACCCCUAUAUGGAUACGUAUCAAAAUCCUACUCUGGCUACGAGGGUCUGGGAGUGGCCUUGUUCCUGGCCUCCUCGACAUGUGUGAUGUCCCUGCUCUGCACCCUGAUUCUAGGCUGGAUGGACAAGCGUGCGGAGCGCAUUCUUAAGCGUAAUAAUAAUCCUGGUGGGGAAAUUGCCAAAUUGAGCGACAUAGUCACCUUUAAGCUGGACUUUUGGAUGGUGUCGGUGGUCUGCGUGGCUUACUAUGUGGCCAUUUUUCCCUUUGUGGCUUUGGGACAGGCCUUCUUCGUGAGCAAUUUCCACAUGACACCGGAUGAGGCGAACACGGUCAACUCGAUUGUCUACCUGAUCUCUGCUAUAGCAUCGCCCCUGUUUGGUUUCGUAAUUGACAAAGUGGGACGGAAUGUAACCUGGGUGUUUUGCGCCACCAUAUCCACGCUGCUGGCCCACUUCCUGCUGACCUUCACCCACUGGGAUCCCUACAUUGGCAUGAGCAUCAUGGGCUUGUCCUAUUCCAUGUUGGCUGCCAGCUUGUGGCCUCUGGUCUCGCUGAUUGUGCCCGAAUAUCAACUGGGCACGGCAUAUGGCUUCUGCCAGUCUGUGCAGAAUCUGGGACUAGCGAUGGUGACCAUUGCAGCGGGCAUUAUUGUGGAUAGCAGCGGUGGCAGCCACUUCUGGCUGCAGGUCUUCUUCAUGGUCUUCCUGCUGAUCUCACUCCUGGCCACCUGUGCGAUUUGGGCCUACAACCGCAAACACCAGGGCAACUUGAAUAUGUCACCUGCCCAGAGGGCCACAUAUCACACAUCGAUCGCGAUGCAGUGCCCAUUCGUGAAUCGACGGCCUUUAUUGGGCAACUAAGUGCGCUAGAUCGAUUAUUAUCUGUUACUAACCAAUAACCAAUUGUGAUGUUAACGCCAUCUCUCUAAACUUGACUUGUUAUGCAACACGGAGCACACUCUGCUAACCGCACAAUCGUCGUGGUCGUUCGUUGGGUUAAACUCCUAGCCAAUAUUCUAUGAUACAUAUCAAGCCGUAAACUAUUGUUAUAUUUAUUUUUUUUGUUGUAUAUGUUGAAUAAAAUUAUGUAAAUGUACAUUCACCAAAUUAAA